UCAGCGUCUUUGGCAUGUCAAUUCUGGGAACCAGCUCAUCAUCAGUGAUCAUCAGUCGCAGCUCCACAAUCCGUCGUCUUGCAUCGUGUUCGCCUCCUCCACCACCCGCCCCAUUUGUUUGUGACUCCGCCCUCAAUUUCCCUCUUUCCGCGGCAACAGCAGCAGCAACCAUCCCGGCCCUUCAUCGUCUCUCGCCAAUUUCGACACCUAUUUCUGUGAUUUACUCAAUUGGAGCCGUAUCUGGAUUAAAGCCGACAAUAACCAUUCGAGACAAUCAGAAACAACCAAUUGAAGUUGUGAUCAACCCACCAUUGGUCAGUGAAGGCGCCUUCUAAUGCGCGUCCUUCCAUUUUUGAUUGUCGUCGCGUUUCUACCACAUCUCAUAUAUUCUGCCUCUAGGAAAACUUCUACAUCUAUAAGAUGUCAAUGCUCAACAGACGCUGGUGGAAUUCAAUGUCAUGGAUCGUGGUGUGAAGCACGAAAUAAUGCAACUCAUCUUGCCGCAUGUGCCGUCGUAAAAGUUCACUCUUCAUCACGACAAGUUUUGGCAUGUGUUCGAGUAAAUGAACCAGCAGAAGACGGAUAUUGUGAAUAUGAUGCUAAACGGAAUGUGACGAAAUGUUGGUGCACGGGAAGUGACUAUUGCAACGUGGAUCUUGUUGAUAGUAUUCGAGAUAAAAGAGUUUCUGAUGAAGCUUAUGAUGAUGAAGAGGAUUUUACAGUGGAAACAAAUGCAGAAUUUAAUGAAAAUAGUUUGGAUGAUAGUGAUGAAUAUCCAAUUGUACCGAAUAGACAGGAGAAAAUAGAAGAAACUAUCGGAGCAGUUGAUAUGCGAAAACCUGUAGAGACAAAGACAAUGAGUCCAGAAGAAGCAGCUCUUCCACCAUGGCGACGCAUGAAUCCAUUGAACGCGGAUGCCGAAUGGAAACCACCUCCACCACCACCAAUGCCUGGAAAACCUCCGAUUGUUCCACAAUCUCCAACUACUACUACUUCAACUACCAGCACAACAACUACAACAGCAACCCGUCCUCCAACCACAACUACCACGUUAAGUUAUGAAGAAAGAAUGAGAUUAUAUGAAGAACGUCGACGUCAGAUCGAAUUGGAAAGAGAAACAGAAUUAAGAAGACGUUCAGAAUUAGAAAGGAAAAGGCUUGAAGAGCGAAGACAUCUCGAAUCACAGCACGAGGCGAAACGAAGAUUCGGAGAGGAAAGUAGAUCAUGGCCACUUCCAGCAGAAACAGUUCCAGCACCAAAGACGACAACAACUACAACGACUACAGUUCCAUCAACAACUACUAUAACAACUACUACUACACAAAGAACUACACCAUAUACUACAACUACAACAACUACAGCCGCCCCAACAACAACAACAAUGAAAACUAUAAAAUAUCCAAUUCAAGAAGUAAAAAAAGAAAAGAAGAAUUAUGAGUCGUAUUAUAAAAAUUGGAAGCCAUAUCGAAGACCAUUUGAUUUGAAUCCGACACAGAUUUCGAUCAACAACCUGAGUGCGAUUGUUUAUCCACCGAAGAACUUUGUCAAAGCAACAAAAUCGACAUCUUCCUCAACUACAACUACAACCACCACCACUACCACUACCACCACAACUGAAGCUCCAACAACCACAACUACGGAGCCAAUAAUAUAUCCUCCAGCAAACUUUAAAAAGGCGUCGAAAACGACAACUUCUACAACUACGGAAAUGAUAUAUACCCUUCCAGUGGUAAAAGAAGAAGAUCAGAGUGAAGAGUAUCAGCAGGAGAACAGGCAAAUGGUUGAGAUGCCAAAGAUCGAACAAUCGGAAGAAGUUGAAGAUGUGGUAAUGUAUACACCAAAACCUCCUCCAUCUCGACAUUUACCGAAACCAUCUGUCCGGACCCCCGCAGAGAAAAUGGAUGAAUAUAAGAAGCUCAUCGAGCCGUCCGCGGCUCCACCCUCGAUUAUUCUUCAUUCUUUUAUCGCAAUUAUCAUCUUGUUCUUGUUGUAAACCGGUCACACAAUCUUCCCCCACUCGCAAAAUUCCUAAGUUUAAUUCGUUUUUUAGAUUUUUAAUAAUAAUUUGUUUGUUACUUUCUUUCACUUCUUUUUCCUAAUUUUUUUGUGAUUUUCUAGUCCCCAGUUCACACCAUCGCUCUCCAACCAGGUUCAUUUUACCGAAUGAUGAGUUCUCUUUUCAAAUUGCUUUAUCUCCUUACCACGUCUUCUUUCUUUCUCCAAAAAAUCUUCUCUUCUGCUCACGUUAGCGGGUUUUGUUCUCAUUCUUCCCCUCUCACCCAUCACAUAGCCUCCUCCAAUUUUUCAUAAUGCAUAAAACGAUUUUGUUC